CGCCGUCCACGUGGCUAGGGGCGCGUUAUAUGAGCGGGCAGGAAGCCCUGCCGGGGAGGGAAGGGGAGGGACGGGGCGCCUGGAGAGGCUCCGCGGGCAGCGCAGGCAGCGGCAGCAGCACCAGAAGCGGCAGCAACAGCAGCAGCGACCGCCCGCCCGCCCUCCCUUCCCCGGCCAUGGGGCUUGGCGGCCCGCCGGCCCCCCGCGCCCCGCCGAGGCUCAGAACAAAGCGACACAGCUGGUAGCCAGAAUUAAAGGUGUCCUUCAGUCUGCUCAGUAGGCUAUUUUGGGAGACAUAAAUGAUCAGAGACUGGAGGAGCUAACGACUGUAUUCCUGGAGAAGAGACUUCAUUGAUUCAAGCUGAAAUAGCUGGCUGCAAACUGCUCUCCAUGGCUUAAACGGACAUCAAAGCACAUCUCUCUGCUGGAAUAUACAUCCCCGGAUGAUCUGAUCCUUUGUGAACUAAAUUCCAAGAAAAAAAAAACAAAAAACCUACCCUCUUCUUUCUACAAUUUGCUUGCUUUAAUUUAUGGCUUGCUCCCGCACAGAAAACCUGAAUUUUAAUGCUGAUAUUACUCUACUCUAAAUCUUCUGGUCUGUGGAAAGCCAAGGGUCCGUCUUCACUGAACCCUCGUCAGGAGAGGUUAGCAGCAGGUCACGGAGAGGUGGAAGAGACUUGGAAGCACUGUGAGAAGGUGAAAGGAAAUACCCAGAUUUCCUUUAAAGGAAAUACUCGGAUUUGCCUUUUUUGAGACCAUUUGGAGGAAAUGAAACUUCUUCCCUUACGGAUGGAGGUAGCGGAGUCGGUAUGUUCAGCCUAAGCCCAGGGUGGUAACUGGCAGGCGCCUGCAGCACCCUUUCCUUUUUGCCUUACGUUGGACCCUACAUCGUACUUGGUCCGCAGCGGCAGCAGCAGAACCCGACUGGGAAAGAUGGUCGUCGUAAGGAGGAGGAACGUGAAAGUGUUUACCUUUGCCUUUUUGCUCAUCACAGUAACGUCAUUUCUGCUGAACUACACGCACCAGGUGACCACGACCACCUGGGAUCCGAGACAUCUCAUCAUGCAGUUUUCAGAGCAAGUCCAAAAACUCUUCAAGUACCCCAGGAGACCGUGCAGCUGUCGCACGUGCAUUUCGGAGCUGGGACAUUCCCUCUGGUUCGAUCAGAGAUUUAAUUCAACUAUGCAACCUUUCCUGACCUCACAAAAUGCCUUGAUCCCCGAAGACAGCUACAGGUGGUGGCUGAAAUUGCAAGGAGAGAAAACUCCGAAGAAUAUUAAUGCUACUCUCAAGGAAUUGUUUGGGAUCAUUCCUGGGGAUGGGGAUCCACUGCAGGAGCGAGGCACUUACACGUGCAAACGGUGCGCCGUCGUGGGCAACUCUGGGAACCUUCGGCAGUCUCAGUAUGGACAAGAUAUUGACUCCCAUGACUUUGUUCUCAGAAUGAACCGUGCCCCCACCACUGGCUAUGAAUCAGAUGUUGGGAGCAAGACCACUCACCACUUCGUUUACCCUGAGAGCUACAAAGAGCUGGCAGAAAACGUGAGCAUGAUCCUGAUCCCCUUCAAAACCCUGGACCUGCGCUGGGUUGUCACCGCUCUCACCACAGGCACCAUCAACUUCACAUAUGUUCCAGUUCCACGGAAAAUCAAAGUCAAAAAAGAAAAGAUCCUGGUUUAUAAUCCAGCUUUUAUGAAAUAUGUUUAUGAAAACUGGCUCCAGAAUCAUGGGAGAUACCCCUCCACAGGCCUUCUGUCUUUGAUAUUUGCACUCCACGUAUGCGAUGAGGUGAAUGUGUAUGGUUUUGGAGCAGACAGCAAAGGACACUGGCAUCACUACUGGGAAAACAAUGCUUCAGCUGGGGCUUUCCGGAAGACAGGGGUCCAUGAUGGGGAUUUUGAGUUCAAUAUAACUUUGACUCUUGCCUCCAUUGAAAAAAUAAAUUUUUUCAAGGGCAGAUGACCCUGGCCACGGGGAGAAGUGGGGGCUGCAAUUUCCAACAUGCAGCAGAACAAAGGUCAGUGAAGAUGAUCUGUGGGCCAGCCAGGUUUGAAUGCAUGAAUCUGCGGUGGAUUCGGAGCGUCUCCCUGCUGCAAUGUUCAUUGCAAGGAGCUCGGCCGAGGACCGGCUUCCAUGCUGCACAUUAUUUCCUGUCUACAGAUAGCUGGGAACUACCAAUCGGUUGUGGGAAUAAAUGAAUCUCUGCUUAGCCUCUAUGGCUUGAUUUCUGAAUUACUGAUGAAAGAUCUGCCUGUUGCAAUUAGGGGAAACUUGCGCACAAGAACUGCUGUUUGUGUGUCUGUUCUUUCCUUGACCGAAGCAGGAGAUCCUUGAAGAAGAGUGAAAAAACUUCUGGGACUUGAGACCCACUAGGGCAGCUGUGAACAUCAUAGUAAGGAUUACCUCAAAGCAAUGAAUUCACUUCUGCUGUUGAUCUUCUUUUUGAACUGUCUCUUCUGUUUCCUCUAUUGCUUCUGGUUUUAUGCUGAAUUAAGCAAAAAAGUGAUGAGGUUGCCUGGAGUAGUAUAUAUUUCAGCCAUUGCCUCAUUCUGCAUUGAUAAUGUCUAGAAAACACAAAUCAAAUCAUCUGUGAUCAUACAUUAUUUAAUAUUGGUUUCUAUACAGCCAUAACGAAAGAGAAAACAAUACUGAAAACUCCAGCAAAAAAAAAUGGCCUUUUUAGCCACUUGUUUGUUUGUCUUGUUUCGUUAUAUAUAUAUAUUUUUCUUUUUUGGUGGAAAAUACUCUGGAAUGCUCACUUUUAUUUAAUCAGUUUAAGGUUGGAAAGUGGACUUUUUUCUUUCAGUCGUUUAUAUGUGCCUUUUAUAAUUGUGCAACAGAUGUGAUUUUUUUUUAAAAAAAAGACAAACCCUAAAUUAAACUUUUUUAUAAAAGGGGGAAAAAAUAACCAAAGUUUAGCCUCCAUGUGGUAUACUUUUGUAGUCAAAAACAAUAAUAACAGCUCCUAUAUUGUAUGUGAGCAAAUGCAAACAAGACUAAUUUUUAAAGGUAGCUUUUACCUUUUUUAUGGGAAAAGUUUCCAAAAGUUCCAAGGAAACUUUUCCUCUUAUUUUUUUAUAAAUUUAGAAAGUGGUAUCUCUUUACAAGGUCUCUAUCUGAUAUAGAAGAAAUAUCAUGGGUUGGGAUAUCAGCUAGUAGUACACCAGGAAACUUUUGCCCUGUAGCAGCAUCUACAAGGACACAAUCUAGGCAAGUUGAUCCUAUAGAGUAAACCAGACUUCAAAAUUAUGUGCAUCUCUGGAGGAAUGAGUGUGUUAAUGUCAGUACCUCUAGGCAGUGAGAGGAGGGAAGUGACAAUGGAGAUUUUAUAUCUACAAAUCUUUGCUGAAAUCAACGCGUUUACUCCUCAAGGACCGAUAACAUAUGAAUCCAAGAACAAGGUUCAGGUAGUGAAGAAUGGAGAACAGUGGCUUUUUCUUACUGAUAUCAUGAAAAUAGGAUUCAUGGAUUAUUGACCCAUUCUCAGCUCUGGUGAAGCCAAUGGAGCACCUGCCACAGACUUCAAGGAACUUUAGAUCAGGCUUUGGCCAGAGCACCACUCACCAACAUGAACUGCUUUACCCACAUGAGUAUUACUGGACUUGCAGCGUGUAAAGAGCAGAGGACGCCAAAUGUCUGUGAGGGGGACUGAGCUCCCUUCACUGUACACACAUGACCCUUCAGUUUAGCCAUAUGAAAAGGGCAGGAUUUUCAAAUCCUCAUGCUGAGACCUGUUCAUGAUCCUCAUUUCAAGAAACCCUUUCCCAUCUUGGUGGCCAUCAGAACUACUCACCUGCAUGUCACAGGUGCAGCAAAUUCAAUGGGCUUACUGUCUUCUACAUGUACUUUGUAAAAGAAUGAAACAUUUCCACCUGAACCAUGAUUAUUUGUUUUAAGCAUUCCCACAAAUGAUAAUUUGUUUUAUGCAAAGAUGCUGUUGAUCAAUAUGCUUCUGGUGAUAUGUCACAGUAAUACAAGCAAAGCAACUUUUAGAGGAAAAAGACUCCGUGGAUACCCAAUGGUAUCUUCACCUUGUGGCUGGAUUUUGGAGAUACUUUUUUUAUCAUGAUCUUCAAAUAUUUUAUUUUAUUUUAUUUUUUUCUCAUGGACAGAUAUCAGUAAUUCAGAAACAUUUCAUUGCUGUUUCAGUGAUUUUUAGAAAGACUUGGAAGAAAACUCAUGGUGGUUUGGUACCCAAAUCCCAUUGAUAUUUUUUUUGUCAGAGGUGGCAGUUUAAGAUCAAAGAAAGUGGUAAAAAAAAAAAAGCUCUUUUCUAGCCUGUGUUGUUCUGAAAGUUUCCUUUUGCUGUCCAAAUUAAAUUUCCAGUUUUCCCCUGAAUAUUCUGCCUUUGACAGCACAUAUGAAACAUCGUGGCUCAUACUAUUGUGGAUAGAUUUGGUGUCUUCAUCAUGGAACAAGAUGCAAUUCCCAUUUAAUUUUCUUGCCGACAGCAAGCAGUAACUGUCUACCACUGAUGUUCAUUUUUCAGAGCAUGAGGAGAGUAGAGAGUGAACUUUUCUAGCUGUAGGAUGAGCGAUAGUCUGUGCCAUCAUGUUUCUAUUCCAGAGGAACUUUUUCUAGAGUCCUUUAGACAACUGACUGUUGUGUUAGAUCUUUAUCUCGGUUUCUCUCAAUUUUGCUGCUCUUUCAAAUGCCUUCAGAAUAAGGAGAUACCAACAGAUGAUGCUGAGGGAAGAAUUAAUUCACACUGCCAUUGUUGAAGACUGUCUGUGUUCCUGCUAGAAACUUUCUGUGUUUAUUUUGUUUAAAAAAAAACAACAAAGGAAAAAACAUUUAGCAACAUGUCAAGGCUUCAAUCUCUUGGACUGUAUUUGCCACCACUGCAAAGUCUCUGAAGCACUCCUUGAGUGUGUGUUAUGUUUUUUUACCAAAGCAAAAUUUCUUGAGCACUUUUUUUCUCCCAUGACCAGAUUUUCUUCCUAUUUUUCUUUGACUACACAAUCAAUUAUUAUAACCUUUUUUCUCCAAUGUUGGGGAGUCUCACUCAAUCACUCUUUGACAUUUUAUUUAUUUAAUUUUUCAGUAUGAUAUGAAUCAAAAUA